AUGGCAGCUGAACAGAGAAAGCUGCUUGAGCAGCUCAUGGGAGCUGAUCAGCUCAUUGGCACUGGCGCACAGGGUCGCAAUUCCCAACUCCCAAUCACAGACAGCAAAGUUUGCCGAUCCUACCUUGUUGGCACCUGCCCGCACGACCUGUUCACCAACACCAAGCAAGACCUCGGACCUUGCCCCAAGGUGCACAAUGAGGGCUUGAAGGCAGAAUACGAUGCUGCACCUGCCUCCGAGAAAGCGAAAUGGGGGUUCGAAUUUGAUUACCAGCGCGACAUGCAGAAGUACAUUGACGACUGUGACCGCCGAAUCGACACUGCGCAACGCCGAUUGGAAAAGACCCCAGAUGAGAUUCGGCAGACAAACGACUUGCUCAAACAAAUCGCCGAUCUGUCCAACACAAUCAACUCCGGUCUACAAGAAGUCUCGAUCCUCGCCGAGACAGGCUCUGUCGCACUAGCACUCAAUGAAAUGCAAAAAGUCAAUACUUCCAAGUACCAGAAGGAAAGUCUUGAGCGCGAUCUCAAGAGCCUUCAAGAUACCUCUGGUCCAUCUGGCCACCAGAAGCUGCAGGUCUGUGACGUUUGCGGUGCUUACUUGUCUCGUCUUGACAACGAUCGCCGUUUGGCGGAUCACUUCUUCGGAAAGAUGCACAUGGGAUACUCUGACAUGCGCAAGAACUGCAAGAAGCUGAGCAGUGAGCUGAAGGGCCGGGCUCCCCCAGUUCGUCACCAUGAAGAAGAUGAUAACCCUUACACUUCUGGUGGUCGCCCCGGUGCUGGUCGAGGUCGCUAUGGCGGUGGUGGUGGCGGCGGUUAUCGACGCCGUGGAGGUGGUAGAUGGUGA